GCCUAGUGACGUCUCCGGAAGUGUCUGCGGCUGCAGCUAGCAGCGGCUAACGGCUACUACCAGCUACCUGAAGCUCCUAACCCACGGACAGGUCGACAGACGGAGAGACAGACAGACAGUGUGUCUGUGGAUGGAAGUGUUGAGCUCAGCGAUGGGACCGGAGCGCGUCUUACCAAACUCUGAGGAUGAGCUGGGGGGGGGCGAGCGCCCAGCCGAUGGAGCCAUGCUGCCUGCGUGGAGUGGGGGGGAGGAGGAGGAGGAGGAGGGGGAGGUGGGGUCCGAGAUGGAGCUGGAUGGAGAGGAAGAGGAGAACGAUGGAGGAUAUUACUACCAACCCCUGAACCAGGAACCUGAGGGGGAGGAGAGGGCCGUGGGGCAGGAGGACACCCCCCCCUCCACUGAGCAGCUUCAGCAGAGGAUACAGGUGAUGGGGCUGCACCUCCCCGAAGCCCCGCCCACGGACAGCGAUGAUGAGGAUGACCCUGAGGGGGCGGCGGCCUUGAGGAGCCGAGCCUCUAUCCCCAUGGACGCAGACCACGUGGAGCUGGUGAAGAGGACCAUGGCGGCCAUUGCGUUGCCGUCUCUCGCCGUGCCGUCCUGGGCCAAUGAGAUCUCAGAUGACCAGUGGAAAGACAUGGUACAGAACACACUGGAGAGCCGGCAGAGUGCCGCCGCACUGCACCUGCCCCGCAGGAACAACAUCAACGGACCUUGAAUGCACCAUGACAGCUUCAACGACUGUCCCUGAAUGCACAGCAACAGCCUCUGCUGACCCUGAACGCACCACUGCUAACUUUUACUUUAUAUGAAAAACUUUCAAGUUCAAGCUGAAUGUUGUUGAAUUGAAUCCCUUAGUUUGUCUAUUUAGAAACCGGGUACAGUAUUCUUGUCAUUUCUUUGAUCUGGAUCAGUUUUCAGUGUGACCACUGGAGGUCUGGUUCAGCUGAUCAACUCUGGACUGAAGCCGGACCGGCUAAAAGGAGCUAGCUGAUGGUAACGUUCAUAGUUAGCUCACUAGCUAACGGAUGGAUGAUAACAGUAAAGCAGUACAAAUUAAUGAAGUAAAACGCCACCUAACGUUUGCUUACACGCUAAAAAGCUACCAAAUUUUGUAAAUGUUCAUGUUGUAUUUUCACGAACAAGUCAAACUGACACCAUCAUCUGACCUUUGCUAGGUAGCCAAUGAAGGGUUGGCUAGCUAACCUUUGCUUCCAGUUGUUAACUUGUCAUGAAAAGCUGUUUUAUUAAUGUGAUAAACUGUAGCUUUAGUUUUUCAUCUCAUGAUAAAAUAUUGUGAUUUACUUUGUCGACUACAAACAUUUAAUCAAACUCACUGAACAUAUAAAAGGUAACAAAUAGCAAACAUUACAGGGGCGCUAGCUAAUGUUAGAUUAGUACAGACAAUAUUAUUUCUAAAAUUGUGCGCUAAAAACAUAAGGAAUAAUUCAUUGUAAAAAGGUGAAUAUUUUUCUCAGAAAAUAAAAUCUUUGAUUUUUCCUU